AUGAAAAGAUACCAUUUUUCAAUAUUUUUAUUUUGUAUUGUUUUGGCUUUUGUAGAUGGCAAACUGGUCAGUAGGGAAUGUGAUAUGGCUUGUCCAGAUGAAUAUAUCUGUUCUCAACCUUUGAAAUAUCUUCCACCAAAGUGUGUCCCUAUUAGUUUAAAUACAGUAACAGAAAGUGUAGUUGUUAAUGGAAUUGACAUGAGUGGAAAUAGAUUAGGAAGUGUUCCAAUAACACCUCCCCACCAAUUCCCUGGCUCAGAGUUGAAUCAAGAUAAAUAUUCAACAACGGUGUGGACUUCAGAACUGCCAGAGGAAUGGUCAGUCUCUGCUGACGGUAAUCACAUACAAAUAUAA